AUGUCUUUGCACACUGCAGAAUCUCAGGUUUUAGAGGCACUCACCUCUUUACGUUCUUCUUCACUAACUCCACAUUCGCAACAAAAUGCUAGUCAAAAUCAAGGUGUGAGUUUUGGUCUUGGCCAGGGGAAUACACCUUCACCAGCCUCUCCCAAUAGAAAUGGGAACUCCACGCCGCAUUCUCCUUCUCACUCCAACUCUCCUGCACACCAUUCUGUUUCAGCUCCAGAACUUCGUAGGGCUUCCUCAGAUGACCAGUCUCCUCCCUCUUCGGCAUAUUGGGGGACGGUUCUUGUGAAGGGUGAACAACAACUACAGCAACUACAGCAACAACUACAACAACAAGUACAACAACAAGUACAACAACAAGUUCAUCAACAAGUACAACAAAAAGUACAUCAACAUCAACAUCAACAUCAACAUCAACAUCAACAUCAACAACAACAACAACAACAACAACAAUCCUCAAAUCAAACUGCUCAGCCACUUUCGAGCGUGUCCAUUUCAGAUCUCGUUGAAGCCGCCAACCACGUUGAACAAAAAGUUGAAUUAGACACGGAAACGGGGGUUGGAAUUGGAAUUGGAAUUGGAGUUGGCGGUAGAAAUUUGAAUAUAUCUGCGAAAAAGUCGCGCAAACGACGCGACGACCGUAAUGGCAGUGAAAAAUUAGAACAAGGUUUAGAAGAGGAAGAGGCAUAUGAAGAUGAAGAUGAAGAUGACGAUGACGAUGACGAUGACGAUGACAGUGGCAAGCAACUACAACAACGUCUCCCUGACGUGGGAACGGGCGGAACCGCAAUUAGUUCAGGUGAUAAAUUGAAUAAUGUGGAUACGCCAAUAAUGGAAAAGAAUUUCAAAACUACAAAAGUCUCUAAAUCUUCAAGAGUCUCUAAAUUGGCAAAAGCUCCAAAAGCUGUAAAGGCUACAAAGAUUGCAAAGGCUCCUAAGGCUCCUAAACCUCCCAAGGCUCCUAAGAAAGAAUUCCACUGUCCAAACUGUCCAAAGACUUUCACUAGGAAAUCCAAUUUGGACUCUCAUUUAAUCACACAUUCCAAUGAAAGACCACAUUUAUGCAGCCAUUGUGGUAAGGCAUUUGCAAGGUUGAGUGAUCGUACCCGUCAUGAAACCACUACGCAUGCUCAAGUGAAGACCUUCCAAUGUAGAGGGAAGGCGCUUGAAGGGGAUGCCGAAUGGGGGUGUGGACAUUUCUAUUCAAGAGCAGACGGAUUACGUAAACAUUUUAAGAGUUAUGCAGGAAAACAAUGUCUAGCAGCCUUUCGUGGUUUACCUGCAGAUUCAAUCACAGCCAAUUCUAGGAAUAGUACGGAGGGUAAUGAGGAGCUCGACGCCUUUGUGGAAGCUGCUGUAAGAAACGUCCGUGCCCAUUGCGGUUGGUAA